CGAAACUUUGAUCGUAAAUAUUUUUGACGAAGUUUUCCACAAUAAAUCAUAAAAAAUACAGUAAUCGGGGAAGGAAAAAUGGAAAAGUUCAUAUCCAGAAGUUAGAGUGUUUACUUCUGCCAACGUGUUGCUAUACUAUUGGACCAGUGGCGUAGGGAUGACGACUAGGGGUAGCUGCUGCUCGAGAUUGGAGAUGUGAAAGCAGACUGUUGGACUGGGAGUACCAUAUCGUCUCAUCAACCCUCAUGUGUUCAUUCGCACAUUUAGAAAACCUGGUUACAGCGUAGCUGCUUAUUCUUAAAAACGUUUUUUGAAACAUUUCUAUCUGACAUGUGAAAAUUGUUCUGAGAACUCGACUUGGUGCUUAAAUGUUGUCAUUUUUAGAUAUUUUGAUAAAACCGUCCCACCGCUUGUGCAAAUCCUGCCGUUAACGAAUCAUGGCUCGUCCACAGUUGUAAUCGUCCAUGGAGAAGCCGUCUCCUUCGCCAAAUAAUUUAGAUUUAGUGUCGCCACCUUUUGUUGCAAAAGUGAAACGUUCGUCCAAAAUUAAGAUAAAGGAGGAACCAAGGUCAAGGUCGGAUAUCUCCCUUACACCCUCGUCCCCAGUCCAUCCAAUCGUGACCGCGGCUGAAACCUCGCUAACUGACGCUUAUCGUAUAUUUUUGUUACAAACGGAAAUAUCACAGGAAGUGGAUGCAAGCACGAUUUUACAACAAACCGUCCAGGCUACGGAGUCUCCCGCGACGCAUUUACCGUUUGAAGCCAAAGUAACAGCAAGUGGAGACGGCGCAUUGUUGUCUUUACCGGAAGCAAGUCCGUCAAAACCUCGCUCGAAGAAAUCAUCGAAAAAAUCCAAGAACUCGCCAAAAAAGUCCAAAUCUGAUUCGAAAUCCAAGUCUUUUGUUCCUCAGACAGACGGACAUGUAAAACCUGAAAGUUCUGUCGGUGAUAAGUCUGAGGAGGCCUCAAUUGGUCCGAAGUUCCCGACGUUAUCUUUGCUUUUGGAACCUCCAAGUAGUGUUAAAAAGGCGGGACAUUCACCUAUGAAGUUACCGAUCGUCCCGGUACCGAUUAUACCCCAGGAAAGUGAUAUGACUGCAACAUCCGUGAAAGGAAACUUGCCUGGAUUUGCUGAAAUAUUUCCACGUCUUGGAAAAAGUGGUUAUCAAAAUAUGGAGACCGAUAGCGUGAACGUCACCAGCAGUAACGGAGCAUUUUGGGCAAAUGCGUACCUUCCAUUGUGGCCCCCGUCAGUGCAAUAUUCUCAGCCAAUUACCAUGGCGACUGAGUCGCAAUACUCUGAAACUCUACCCCAGUAUUCACAAUCUGAUGCGCAGUAUUCUCAGUCGCAGAUUCAUGUAACUAGUAGCAACGUCGGUGAUAAAUUUGGGACUUUUCAACCUGGUGGCGUGAGCACUGCAGGAUAUUCAACCUCGUCACCAAGCGCAGACCAGAUCUGUGCAAAAACAAUAGAAACAAUGAAAUUACCUGUUACACAUUAUUUGGAUACACAGCUGUUUUCAAGCGCACUCAACACACGAUCAAGUCCAGUGGUCAGUUACCCGACGCACACACCAAGUCCUAGCGGUCUUCCUCCAGUGACGUCAGCAGUUCACGACGUCGUUGACGGUGCCCCACACGCGGAUCUAUUCGCCAGGGAAGCGUCUCACUCCCCGCACAACUUGACAUAUUCCAUGACUACCACUUCCAACACUGAUAUGAUGGCGAACAAAACAGAAUCUUUCCUAGCUAGCCUACCUCCCUACCCGACAUCGAGCGUUGUGUCCACAGCGUACGACUUCCUACACCCAGUUCCAGCUGCUCAAAUGUCGAGCACGAUCACGGGGAAUCCAGGAACGAACCCUGAUCCGAAAUGUACCACAGAUGCCAACGCAGUCCUCAGUCCGAUCUCGAAUAUUUUUACAAAUGUUGCUCAAGGUCAACAAGGUCUGCAAUUGGCGGGUAAUUAUUCAAUAAACGCACCGAUUUACAACAAAGAUGCUUGGUCGGAUCCAGGUAUCCAAGAUGCACAUUACGGAACUGUUGGGUAUAACGCGGGGCAUAAUAGCAAACAUGCGUCCGGUGAAAAGAUUGCUCGUAGCAAGGGGAAACAUUCGCGGAAGGGGAACUUUCAAGUCAGUGAUAUUUUGGAUCAUGGAAUAGGCAAUCGGAGCAGCGUGGAGCACGUGGGGCAGCAUUCAAGCAGUGAGUCGAAUCUUGAAGCUGGGAAUAACGAUGCUGGUCGAGAUGCCCAGAAGGUGCCGUAUUAUGUUUACUCCCAGGAGAGUGAAGACAUGGAGGCUCGAAAGAUGCAGUUGAAGAAGGAGAUCAUCAAGAAUCAGUUGCGGUUGGCGUGUCUGGCAAACGUUAUCCCGGCCGGUGGCUUAGGCAGAGGAAGUCACGAGGGCAUUGGUGUCAAACAAGUAGGGGAGUCAUCCGGCGUCCAACAAGACUAUGUCGACCUGAAGCCGUACAUGCCAAAUUUGGAUGCGCCGCAACCGGAGCAAGACGAUGUUGACACAGACCAUCUGUUGUUUAAUAUGCCAAGUCACUCCGGGAUUGAUCCCAAUGUUCCGACAACGGUUUCACAGUCGUUGCAGAUGCUCUCCGGUGCCUCAAUGGAUCCGCCGUGUCAGAAUCCCCUGCACAGCACGUAUCAACAUCAGCUACAUGGAACAAGAAUGGAGCAGGAGGUGUCACCACCACCUCCAGAAUUGCCUGGGAAGUCCUCGAAACAAUCCAAGGGGCCCAAAAAGCCAAGGGCCCCCGUGAAAGCUGCCCCUCGUCGCCACGCUUGUGAUGUCUGCGGGAAGGCCUUCAAGCACAAACACCAUCUCCGCGAACACUGCCGUAUCCACACAGGAGAAAAACCAUACGAGUGUCGUCUUUGCGGCAAGAGGUUUAGCCACUCGGGAUCGUAUAGUCAGCAUUUGAACCACCAGAAGUGCGUCUUGUCUGCACAUGCACAUUUGUAAAAUCGAUAUGUUGAUGUCUAAUUCUUCUGCGUAUGGUAGACUUUGCCUGUGACUGCUGUCAUUAAGGCUUGGAGCAGUGCGUGAGACGACGAUUGGGAGUUGUAAAAAUGACGAUUUGUAGUUGAAUUGAUUGAUAAAUAGCAGUAUUCACUUCAAAACUGUUGUUUGUGAUACCAUGUUUUUUACGACGUAUGAAGUUUGUGCUUGAAACGUGUGCAAUAAUGAAACAGCAAUUUUAGUAUUUCAGAAGACUUCGCCUUUUGGGUGAAAAGUUUCUUCGAGUGAGGAGACCUGAUUUUCCAACGUUUUUUUGUAUGCAUUUAAAAUUUGUCGCCUGGAUCCUGCCAAAUUUCAAUCGUGUUUCUGAUAAACUUGGAUCAUAUCAUUGAUAAUACCUACAGUAUUGAUGGCAAUACCUACAGUAUUGAUAGCAUUGUUAGAGAAGUAUUUUGAAGUAUGCCAAAUUAUGAAAUUUCUUGCCAAAUUGUUGUAAUUCUCUUCUUGAAAGCGAAUAUUUUGAAAAAGUCUACAAUUGACGGUGCUUCUGAUUUCUGAUUCUACUUAAGCCAAAUUACAAUUCUGGUCAAAGUAACAUACCUUUUGUUGCACAGUGCCCUUUCAGAGAGUCACAUCUGAAUAGUCUCUCAGAUAUUGUUGUGCAAGAGAGGGUUGUUACUUCCGACUAGCAGUGUUCAUGUCUGACAAAUCACAAAAAUCAAAAGUCAUGUUUUUUCUCUCACUUAUACAGUGAUUUUGAAUGUUUGGUCUAACGGUGCUGCAUCUUGUUACUGGUUGUAUCAUUUGUAAGUAAUGAUCCUUCGAAAACCAACAUUCAAUCUUCAACAUGAAGGAAUGUUCAAAAUUGUUAAUGUCAGUAAAAUCUAUUGUUAAAGAUUCCUGCCCAUGUAAGAUAACUUAGGUGCUUGUAAUUAGUGGUGUCAACUCAACAACUGAAAACAUUCAGAGAAGAGUUUUUACAGGAAAAUUUCAGUGUAAUUUGUUAGUUGGUAUUUCUUUGCAAACUUUUGCAAAGUGUUCUUUGUUAAUUUAAUAGUGUUACUGGAAAAGUUACUUGAUGUUGUAAGCUUUUAACUUGAAUUGAAUUUACCAACAGGUAUGAGACAGAUUCAUUCUGCCCAUGAAAGGGUGGUCCAAAAAAGCCCUUGAAUUACAUAUACAUGCACUCUGGGUUCCCAACAAGGUUUUCUCGAGGGUGGUACCCUUGAGAUUCAAGAAGAUUUGCCAGUGUGCAGCACAAGGUUGGAUGGCCAGCAAUUUAAAGUAGGGAGGCCUUGAAGAAACCCUUUACACAAUCUAGAGCUAGACAGGGUGGUAUCCUACCAAGGUAGGGUGGUAAGCUGCCAAGGUAGGGUGGCUGCUGCCUAGGUAGGAUGGUAAACUGCCAAGGUAGGGUGGCUACUGCCAAGGUAGGAUGGUAAACUGCCAAGGUAGGGUGGCUGCUGCCUAGGUAGGAUGGUAAGCUGCCAAGGUAGGGUGGCUGCUGCCUAGGUAGGAUGGUAAGCUGCCUAGGUAGGAUGGUAAACUGCCAAGGUAGGGUGGGCCACCCUGACAAAUGGGUUUGCGGAGAACACUGAAUGUACAUAUUAAUAGGUGCUAUGUUGUCAUGUGAGUGACUAUGCACUGUAAAGAAAUCACCGAAGAUCGCACUACAGGAAUAACUUGAUUGAAUUUAUCAAUAUCCUGUUUGAUUUGCAAUUGUUAGAUUUAUUGUUCCAUUCAAUGUUGUAAACUUUACAAGAAUAGUCACAUUUGAAGUUGUUUAUUUGAUUUGAACACGGCAUAAGCAUUUCAUACCGUUGUCGCGUCGAUUGAUUGAGAUCAGUUUAGAAUUUAUAUCGAAGUUGGAAUGACUGAGAUUUUAACCCUCUUUUAAAGUGUAGUUUUCAUUGUAUCAUGUAGCAUAUCGCUACAUUGACCCAACGUGACAGGUUGGAUGUGUUGGAACGUAAUAUUGUAAACGCGAGAAAAAAUGGAUUUUGAAGAGAUUUUGUAUAAAAAAUAGACAUUUAUCAUUUAUCAAUGAAUAAUAAUCAUUAAAUAUAUUUAGUUUUUAGUUGAUCUCCCCUAUUUUGCUUAGAGUGGUCUCAUCUAGUUAUGGAAAUAUAUAGAAUUGGAUUCGUUAUGGGGGUGACCAAAUGAAUGACUUUAGAUUGCCUUUGAGAUUGCACCUUGUACUGUGUGUUCAAAAUGAAGUAGAACUUUUUGAUUUAUUCGAAAUCAAAAGUGUCAAGUAUGUUUUGAGACAUGUAGUAGUUGUACACUGUAACAUAUUUUUAUUAGUUUCACAUUGCUGCACGGUAUGUUUUAUGUAUCAACCAUAUAAAACAUUGUUAGGUAGUGUAAAGAAUCAGGGAUUCUUUUGAAAUUAUUUCGUUUAUUUCAAAAUGUCAAUAACAGUAUUAUUUAUUUGAAUAUUUCUCCUAUAUCUGUGUGUGCAUUUAGUUCGCAUUUAUGUUUUACUUCUUAUUUUGUGCGCAAUGAUGCAUUUAUAUGUCUGUAGGGUGUUUUGAAAUUGUUUAAAUGAAGGAAAAACAAUGGAGUUGUUUCUGUUUUGAAAACAUAUCCUUGAGGUUGAAAACAUGCAUGCAUGUUAGGGACGAAAACCGGUGUGACUUCACCGAUGGUCACGAUCUGGGGCAGUCCCCAUCCCACUCGGCAGCAAUGCGUCUGGCAAAAAUGGCAGUCGUGCAUUCCUCCAUGAUAUCUCAAACUCUGAGAGAACUUGAGGCAGCACCAUUAGAGAUAUCUUAGAGAUUUUAGUAGAACACUUUACAAGUUAUUUUCAUUCAAGGUACCAAGUCCCAGUUUGCCGACUGGUGUUUGUAGAAAAAUGCUUAUCUUGCAUUUGUGUGUCUUAAAUUAUUUAUGUAAUCGCCGAUGAUAGAAGUGCAAAUAAUACUUAAUUUAAAAUCAAACCGUUCUAUAUGCUGCAAUAAUGAUUAGUUAAUUAAUUUAAAUGCAAUCAUGAGUAUUAAUGAAAACAAUAUUGAGAAUGAUUUAUAGUGUACUAAAGUAUUUAUGAAUUAUUUUGAUUGGUAAAUGUAUUAAUCCGAAUGUGUUCUUUCUUACUAAUAGCAUGCAUUACAUUGUUAUAUAAAUUGUGUGUUAUUUAUCCACUGUACCUUUAAGGACGGUGCACCCAUGUUACUAAAUUGAAGGCGACUGUCAGUGGAAGAAAAACGGCAUUGCGAUAGAUCAAAAAUAUUCAACGUUCAAACGAAGGUCAUCAGUUUCUGUCGCUCUGACGGUCACCUGUGGUUCAGUUUCUCGUGUGUAUCCUACUCUCAAGACAUGCAAGUUCCUGUAUUUCAUGUAUCAUACUAGAGAACCUCUCUAAUAAGGACGCCCUUGAAUCUGACAAAUACAAUGGAAUCUCCUUUAGAGGACGCAUCCCUUGACAGAACAAUCUCUCUGUUAAGGAUGCUGGUUUUCUUGCAAAAUACACCAUUUCUGUCCAGUUUGACUUCUAAUCUGUAUGGUCAGCCAAAGGGGUAAUAGAGAGGUACUAUUGUACAUACAUUACUUGAGAUUUGUCCUGAUGACAGAAAUCCAAUUCGUUGGAGCCACAGAAUCCGACACAAAUCUGAUUUGGUCAUGAAAAUAAGGAGGCUUACAGUAUAACUAUCAUAUAUCCUUGCAGGAGUUAGAAAGGAGCUUAGUUUACGACUCUGCAUGCUGUGUGAUUUAGAUUAGUUGUGUUUCAAUAAAUAUUUAUAUUUUGAUAC